AUGGAAGUGGUGAAUUUUGUCAAUAGAUUUGGAACUCAUGCACCUGUAAUUUCCGUAGUAAUCCGUUUCGUGAUUGAGAUAAUAAACAUUGCCAGAGAGGCAUCACAAAACAACAAGCAAUGCAAAAAAUUGCAAAACCGCUUAAAUGCAAUUUAUGAGAUCCUUGAAGUUCAUACCCGUCACAUUUCAGAUGAUUACCCAUUUGGCAAGAUAAAUACCGAGAAUUUGAUGCGAGCACUAGAUGAAAGUCGCAAGUUUCUAUUGAAAUUCCAAAAGAGGGGUAGUAAAAAUUUUUUAAAAAUUUUCAAUUCGGAUGAGAUUUCUAAACAAAUUAAAGAGUUGAACGACUCUCUUAAUGAAGCUCAACUUGGAAUUUUACAUUAUAUAAGUGUAUCAAAUGUAUCAAAUGUUAACAAGAAUCCUAUACCACAAAAUCCAAUGCCAGUUACAACGGAAUCAUCGUCUCAGGAUCGGACAUGCGGCGAAAGUUUGACACUGGGAGAAGUAUACUAUCACUGCAGGACGUGCACUACUCGCAAUAAUUCUGUUCUCUGCAAUCGUUGCUACUCUGGAACAAAUCAUAUUGGUCAUGACAUUAUCACUUUCAAUAUCAUGGAUCCUAACAUGAGCGUAUGGUGCGAUUGCGGAGACUCAGAAUAUUGGAAGUUUCCUCUCAAUUGCAAAUUUCACUCAUCUAAUGCACACACGAGUGUGACUUCCCAUUGUGGCAAGAAAAUUGCUAUUAAAGAAAUAUAUUACCAAUGCAGAACGUGCACUAAUCGCAAUGAUACUGUCAUUUGCAAUCGCUGCUAUGCUGGAUCAAAUCACGUUGGGCAUGACGUUAUCUCAAUCGCUAAUUCCUAUCCGGGUGCAUGGUGUGACUGCGGUGACUCAGAUUAUUGGAGAAUUCCCCUUAAUUGCAAAUAUCAUUCUCAGAAUGGAACUUCUGGAACUACUGGAUCUCGAUCUCACAAUACUAGUUCUACUUCUAGAAAUUCUUCAGGAACCACUGGAUCUACUGGAUCUCGAUCUCACAAUACUAGUUCUACUUCUAGAAAUUCUUCAGGAACCACUGGAUCUACUGGAUCUCGAUCUCAUAAUACCAAUUCUACUUCUAAAAAUAAAUAUCAGACUACUAGUUCUACAAAUAAAUAUCAGACUAGUUCUACUAUUACACCUCGAAAUCACACUAUUAGUUAUAUUGCUAGACCUCGAUCUCACACAGGACUUGCUCAGUUGAUAGUAGCAUUGUGCUUUGUUCGAGUUGCUUCAACCCGACAAAGCAUCAAGGACAUGAUGUCGACUUCUACGUAUCCAACACUAGCAAUGGUGGUUUCUGUGACUGUGGGGAUAAAAGUUCAUGGAAAGUACCAGUCAACUGUUCGGAUUGAUUUGAGGGUUAUGAUUUAG